AUGGUGAUCGACGAGGUUAGCUCCGCCGGCGGCGGUACCGGUGAAACUGAAUCUAAAAUCGAGUCCAAGGUCCUGGCUACAGGCAGUGACUCUGAGUCUACAUCUUCAUUCAAAGGACGCCGUGGACAUGUCAAGGAUAUCAGUACCACCUUCGAUACAACGGAGGAUCCUCGUUUCUAUAAGCCUAUCCCCGAAUACGAGGGCUUCCAUCGCUGGGAUCCUGAGUUUGAGUGGACUGAGCAGGAGGAGAAGGCUGUUUUGAGGAAGAUUGACUGGAGAGUUUGCACCUUUGCUUGUGUCACAUUCUUCGCACUCCAGUUAGAUCGAGGAAAUAUUGUCCAGGCCAAUUCAGACAGCAUGCUAGAGGACCUGGGUAUGACAACCAACGACUAUAAUAACGGACAAUCCAUUUUCUACUGCAUUUUCUUAUUUGCGGAACUUCCUUCGCAAUUGUUGUCAAAGUGGAUUGGUCCCGAUCGGUGGAUUCCUAUUCAGAUGGUUCUUUGGAGUAUUGUCGCCGCCAUGCAAGCGUUCAUGAAAGACCGCAACACCUUCUUCGCUUUCCGAGCCCUACUAGGUCUAUUGGAAGGUGGAUUUAUCCCAGAUACUAUCCUCUUCCUCUCAUUCUGGUAUACUUCGAAGGAGCUGCCUAUCCGUCUCAGCUUCUUCUGGAUGGCAUUUGAAGCCACCGCGAUCGUCAGUGCUUUCCUGGCCUACGGUUUCCUCCAUAUCCAUAACUCCGAGGGCGGUGGCGGUUGGCGUUACCUCUUCGCCUUUGAAGGUCUUAUCACUGGUGUCAUUGGUAUUAUCGCUAUCUUCUGGAUGCCAGCUUCCCCGACACAAACCAAGGGAGGACUCCGGGGAAAAGACGGAUGGUUCAACGAGCAUGAAGAGAAGAUCAUGGUUAACCGUGUACUCCGCGAUGACCCUAGCAAGGGUGGAAUGCACAACCGCCAGCCUAUCACUGCUCGACUCCUCUGGGAAGCACUCAAGGACUACGAUAUGUGGAUUAUCUACCUGAUCGGACUUACAUGGUUGAUCCCUGCCUCACCUGUCACCAGCUAUAUCACUCUGGAGCUCAAGUCCCUGGGCUUUAGCACUUUCCACACUAAUCUUCUGACUAUCCCCGCAUAUGUCAUCUUCAUCAUUAACCUAUUAUUCUGGACUUGGAUCUCUGAACGCUUCAACCAGCGCCUGCUUCUGGGUGUUAUGGCUGAGAUUUGGGCGCUAGUUCUCUUGAUUGCCCUGGAGACAAUUCCCAACUCUACUGGAGCUUGGGUUCGCUGGGCUCUGAUCACCCUGCUCAUCGGCAUGCCCUAUAUCCACGCAGUAAUUGUCGCAAUCACAUCUCGAAACGCAGGAACAGUUCGCACGAGAACUGUGGCUAGUGCACUCUACAACAUGGCUGUCCAGUUGAGUACUAUCAUCAGUAGUCAAAUUUACCGGAAAGAUGAUAAACCAUACUACAAGAGAGGCAACAAGGUUCUUAUCGGCCUUGCUGUGUGGAGUUUGGCUUUGUUUGUAGUCGCAAAGCUCUAUUAUAUCUGGCGCAACAAGCAGAAAGCUGCGAUCUGGGAUAAGAUGAGCAGCGAGGAGAGAGAGCGAUAUGUUGUCGAAAAUGCCCACCUUGGCAACAAACGGUAA